AUGAAUAUUGACGUAAAGCUUGGCAGAAUUUCAGUCCUAGGCUGCAGCCAUAAUCUUACUCUACAGAAUUCCUUCUCUCGGUCUAUCUGCUUUUAUGCACGACAAUGUGUUGCACCAGGUUGUGAAAUUAGAUGCGAAUGUGGUACAUCAAUCUAUCUCAACCGCAAGCCGCAUCAGACCAACGAAGGACCACUGCCACAACGCAUGAGCGAAGUCCUAUACGAUCUUGACGAUGAUGGGGAAAGUGAUUGUUGGCACCAUUUUGUGACUCUCUUUUCAAGCUUCAAAUUCAAGAAUGCUUCAGAGUUUGUAACCACUUUCCACUUUAACAUUGCUUCGCAGGAGUCUCCAGCAGCAUGGAGUAGUCGUGGAAUCUCUUUACUUGCAGCAUCUGGUACGGUUCAAUGCUUCUCAUUUUACUUCUAUCUCCCCAAUCAACAACUCGGACAGUUGUAUCUCGCUGGGCUGUGGAUACGUACUCUUCCGAGUGACCUUUGCUGGUGGGUCAAGGUAAUUGAAGGCCAUUGUGUUCCUUCAAGAGCGAAACGGCGCUGCGCUCCUACUUGGUCGUGGGCUUCUGUCGAUUGUAAAGGAAAAAAGCCUUGUAGCCCGGUUGUUUAUCAUUCGAAUUUUCAAGAGAAGUUUGAACAAUCCGAAAAAUUCCGAAUUCGCCACGCUGAGACUCAGGUGAUGCCACCACACGUGGGAGGAUUCGUAUAUGGGCCAGUUUGUGAUGGAUUAAUACGAAUUAGAUGCAUCCUCAUUGCGGCUCAGAUAUUUACGCACCCAUACUUUGAAGUUGACGCAGAGCAUACUAUUCAGUUUUUAGAAGCAGAUGCAUUAGACGAAGAUUACGAUCCUUAUUUCUGGCCAAAUGUCUAUCUGGACGUUCGGGGUUCCUUCGAACCGAUAAUGAGUAAGCCCUCUCUGGCUGCUAAUAUUCUUGAUCUGCCCAUUGCCGGCGAUCUUGAAGAUAAGGAUUCUACUAUGAGCGUAGACGUGAUCGAAUACAAUGCCCCAGAAGAUUAUUUGUGCUCAGAUACAAAAGUAUGGAUUUGUAUGGUGGGAAAUAUUGUUGACGGCGGAAUAUGCGCACUCAUAUUGAAAGAGUGUGAAAAGGCAAAUUUUCGACGGUUCGAAAGAGUAGGAUAUUUGCACAACCGGGUUGGAGCCGUCGGCUCUGAGAACUACGGCUGGCAAAACAAUUUUAUGCGAAGGGCUGAGAGGGCGGGGCAGAUAGUCAUUGAGAUGUUGUAA